UGUUCUGCAAUGACAUUUGGAUUUGGAUCGCAUUAAAGGGUUUGCUGGAAUCAAAACCUACAAUUAUUUAAUCAUUCAUCUAAACUGGCGAAUGUAAACAAUUUAAUCCAGAGAGAAGCAAAACGUGGAGGAAACGGGCCGGGGACGUCUAACUGUAAACCCACCUCCUUCUCCCUCCGGAUGUUGACAGGACUCCCUGGAAGUUGGACGCCAAUUGUAGAGGGAAGGUAGAGUUUGUGAGGGUGAGAGAAGUGGUGCCCACAGCGUUGACCUGUUGUGACCUGGGCGUCUCCGUGCAGUCGCUGCCUGCAGAUGAACCGCUUUGUCGAGACUCGUGCAGAGACUCCGAGGCGCGCGAUGCUGGUGGUAGCGACAGGGCUUGCUGGAGUCGCCGGCCUGGGGUUGGCCGUGCUCGGGCUCAGGCGUCUCCUCCGGGCUUACCGGCAAAGUCACCCUGAGCCCAAACUGGUCAAAGUGGCCGAGGUUUCCCGACUCUUCAUUUACCCGGUCAAAUCAUGCAAAGGAAUUCCGCUGACUGAGGUGGAGGUUAAUGAACUGGGACUGCAGAAGGGCCCGCUGAAGGACAGGCAGUGGCUUAUAGUUGAUGAGAAGUGGCAUAUGAUUACUGGUAGGGUAGAGCCUACAUUGGUGCUGGUCUCUGUAUCCAGUGAGAAUGGCUUUCUGUGUCUUAAUGCGCCAGACAUGGAAGAGCUGAGAGUCCCUUUGAAGUUACCGAAGUCAAAUCCUGUGAAGAUGUGCAGAGUAUGGGGAUGCAAUAUAGAAGGUAGGGAUUGUGGUGACGAAGCUGCCGAUUGGAUUAGUACCUACUUAAAAAAUAGCAAGGCCUUCCGACUGGUGUGCUACGAACCUUCCAUGCGACCAAGAUAUCCAAACGAAAAGGCACCACUGUUCUCAGACAAAGACAAGACCGUCUAUAAUGAUACCAGUUCCUGCAUGAUGAUGUCUGAGGCAACUGUCGAAGAUUUUAAUACCAAGUUGGAGAAAAAAGUUAAAAUGGAGAAUUUUAGGCCCGUGGUAGUAGUGAAGGAUUGCAAGCCAUAUGCUGAGGAUACAUGGAAAGGUCUACAGAUUGGGACUACAAAAUUGUACCAUAGGAUGUACUGCACCAGAUGUGUUUUCACAACAGUAGAUCCUGAUACUGGAAUCAUAGACAGGAAGGAGCCACUGGAGACACUCAAGAGAUACCGUCAGUGUGACCCAUCUGAAAGACACAUUUACAAAUCUGUCCCCGUGAUUGGCUCACACUAUGGGAUUGAAAAAUCUGGAGUGAUUCGUGUAGGGGACCCUGUGUACUUGAUUGUUGAUCAGUAGGAGUGAACAAUAACAGAAGGAGUGCUAUUUCUCAUUCAAAAAGAUGACAAGUUUAAUGUCUUUACUUUUGGAAACACUGACCAUUUUGCCAUUAAUUGCUUGUAAAAGUCAUAAAUUGAGGAUUUAAGUGAAACUAGAGUUUUUUCUGGCUGAACAUUGCUUUAACUGAAUAAUUGAAACUACUUUUUAAAAAAUGAACUCAUGAAUUAUUGGCUGAUUUUUUUUAAGUUGAUAGGAAACAUUUAAUCAUUGUUCAAAAGUAUUAAAUAUUGCUGGGAAUUUGCUUUAAAAACUUACAAGGAGGUAGCAACUUGCACAGCUUCAAUUUUUAUUCCAUCCUUUUUGAGCUUUUUCGUGCAAAAUAUGCAGUACGUUUAACAGGAAAUUAGGAGAAUUGCCUUUUGAGGUUUCAGCAAGCCAAUCCCAUGCAAGUAAUCAAUCCAUCUAGUCACAAGUUCACUGAAAUAUUUAAUCUGUUACUUAUCUUUGUCAAUAUUAAUUCUGCCCCAUAUCACUGCUUUCAAGUUCAACUGGAGCAUUCAUUGCAGUACACAAUAGUCUUAUGUGGGUGUCUAUAUCCAGAGCAGUCGAAAAUGGGUUGGAAGAGGGGGAGGAUAUUUCUGACAUAUUAAAAGAAGUGAAAAUAGCUGAUGAUGUGGUACCCAAUUGUAAAAGGGGAAAAUCAGCCAUAAAAGUAGGAAGUUCACAAUCGCAUACUUCAUUUAAUAGUAUUGCCAUACUUUCUCUGAAAUAAAAAGUAUUUCUGUGAACCACUUCAGUGGUUGGUUAAAAUGCUGAGCUACUAUCUGCCUCGAAAUUAAAAAUCGACUGCGUACAAACUUUAGGUCUCAUGUUUCUUCCACUCUUCCUCUUUUAGACAGUGACAUGCACCCGCAGUUUUUUUAAACUUUGUUUUUAUUCUUGAAGUAACAAAUUUAGACCAACCUGAAGAAGACUCUCUAACUUGCAAGAAACCUGAGUUUCUAAUGAAUUUUGCAGAGAGUGAAUGUCAGUUGCUGCAGGUGGUUUACGUGGAUUCUUUGUUUGAAGGCACUUCCCCUGAUGAACAUUGUAUUUUAUGCUGUGCCAAUCAGUGGUUCCAGCAGUCAAUUAAUUUUGGUAAUUUAUUUCUCCCUGGAGUCAGUGCUGGAUGCACUUUCUGGCUGUACUAAGGAUUAGAUAAAUAACUGGUGAGCAGUGGUUUACUGAAAAAAGUGAUAUUGUGACAGUGUGACUGCAAAACUUGGCUUUUAGUCUUGUGCUUUAGAUCAUGACAUCUAUUUUAAAAUCUUUGUAGAAAAAUAUAAACUUUAUUUAGUUACUUCCGUAGAAAUUAUUUGGAUGAUAUUUUAUAUGUUCCCAUUUGGAUCUUGUAUAUAGAUCACCUUUUGUAAAUCAGUAUCAUAUUUUGUUUUACAGCAUUCCUUUGAAGCACCUUGGGGUAUUUUGUUAAGAAAUGUUAUACGAAUACAACUUGCUGUUGUUGCACUACAGUUUUGUUGAUGGGCUGUGUGUAUGACAGUACCAGUGCUUUUUUUAGAUUGCUAUUACAUCUUAUUUUGCUUGUAUACAUUGAAGUGAUAACUGAAAUAAAUCUAGGAGAUGUACAAAAACACUUGUUUU